CUUGGGCCGGACACCAGAUUUGGAAAGGCUUGGGAAACAUCCGGGUCGCGCUCGCAGACAGUGCGCGCCCCAUCAGCACUGCUCGUCGCCAGCUGAGCCUCAUGCUCAUCUCGAUACCUGCGAGACCUGCCAAACACAGCGACUCCUCUCUGAUCUCGCUGGGAUGCUCCUUCCCUCAGCUGAGUCGCAGCGACGCGCCCGCGCUCGCGUCUCCACCCAGUGCCACGACCCACGACCGCAACAGUCCGGGUGCAGUGGUCGCUCUCCCUGGGCCUGCGCAGGACACGCGGUGCGCUAGCAGCGUCGUCGCCUCGACGCAGGUGGCAUGCGCGUGAGCCGAAGAGAGGACGCCGCCGCGAAUCAGCAGGCAGAGAGCUACUUUGGGCUGGUUGAUCGAGCGCGAAGCGGCCGACCCGUGGAAGUGUCCCCCGAUCCGUCGUACCUUAUAGCAUCUAUCCACAGCCAGACGCCUACUCCUCACGCCUACCCCCCACCGCCAUGCUCGUCCGCCCUACCCCGUCCGUCAGGCCCGGCCCUACCUCCUCCCAGUCCUCUGAAUCCCGUCGCAGCGAUAGCCCUCCCCGCGAACCCUACCUCCCGCCCUCCGCACCAGCAGAAUCCAGGAGACAUCCCCCACGCGAGGAGCGUUUUCUCAUCCAGUAUGGCUCAAAACUUCACAGCUACAGCCGCGACAAGGCCCCUUAUCCAGCAAGCUAUAACCGCGAGGACCUCGAGCUUGUCCUCCUCGACCACGAGCUCAUCCGUACCGCCAAGCGUGGCUCGGGUACAUUCAUAGACUUCCCAGGAGAAACCCCGAAACGAUGUCUGGACCUUGGAUGCGGGAUGGGUGCAUGGACAAUCGCCGCAGCAAGGGAUUGGCCAGACUGCACGUUCGUGGGCUAUGACUUGAUGAACGUCCAAAUCCCGCUAUGGGCACUGGAGGACGACAUAGCCGAGCGCAUCGAAUGGGCACAUGGUAACCUUCUAAGACAACGUCUCCCAUUCGAGGACGAGGAGUUUGACUUCGUGCACAUCCAUGGGCUCGCGUUCGCAGUCCCAGAAAACAAGUGGAUGUUCCUUUACGAGGACAUUCGGCGCGUCUUGAAGACUGGUGGGACCAUCGAGCAGGUUGAGGAAGAUGCUAUCUUCCCCGUGCUGCCCCGGUGGUUCACGGAGCCGCUGCAUGCGCACAUCCGAGGCCCCGGAGCGCACUUCCCGGGCCCCGGCGGCUCUCCGAACUUCCCUCCACCAUCGCCGACGGUCGAGCGCUACGGGCGUGAUGAAGAGUCCCAGGAAGAGCCGCACGAGCACGCGUUUCUAGAGAGCCUCUUUCAUGAUGUGUUCGAAAACCGCUUUAUUAACCCGACACCGAGCUCGUGUCUGCCAGUAUACUUCUCCGCGAUUUUCGGACAAGUCGUUUCCCCGCCCGUCCUUCAGUUUCCGAUGCCUCCGCUUGCACCUCUAGCGCCUCUCCCCGUCGAGCUGGAAGGCCUGCAAUUGCAUCUCUCGGCCUCCUCUACUGCGUCAGAACCUGCCCGUGAGCCAGAGCCGUCACGCGGAAGUUCCGAUUCCCUUCCGUCCGCAAACAGCGCGACCGACGCGUCGCAGUCUCUCCCUCAUUCAAGCACGCCGACGCUUGACUCUGUCAUAAGCACAGAGCCAACAACUUAUAGCGCACGCUCCUCGAUGAGCCACCUUCCCCUUGUCCAGCCAAACCAGCGUACCAGUACUCCUGACAGUACGCGUCAUAGCCCGACUCCGCAUACAAGCCCUCCGAAUACCAGUCCACCAACACCCCUCAGUCCGAGCCCUAGCAUGAAGUCGACACGCAGCACGCGCGGCAGCAGCGGCUCGCGACCGUCUCUCACCUCGCAAACGGGCACCUCCCGCGACUCGCAUUCGGGCGCGCCGCACCGCGACUCGUACUCGAUCUCGCGCACCUCCGGAUCGAGCGCGACGGACCGGCCGAGCGUGCCCGCGGGGGACCUGCGCACGGACGACAGCACGUCGCUCGGGGACGCACAGUUCUUCCCCAUGGAGACGAUCCUGUCGCUGCCCGAGCACAGCCUGAACAUGCAGCUCUUCCGCGCGCUCGGGUUCGUGCUGAGCGUGAAGGAGGCGAUGUGGGAGGAGCUCAUCGUGCGCGUGGGGAGGCCGGACGAGGCGAGGAGGCUGAGGGACGAGUGCGGCUGGGAGGAGGCAGACUUUGCGGAGAGCGGGCUGAGGGAGAAGUUCGAGGGGUGGCUGGAGAGGUACCGGAGUGAUGUUCGUGCGCGCGUAUCGCUCUGGUAUAGCAUGGUCCUGAACGGGUGGCAUUAUCCCCGUAGGGACCCCAUCACGCGAGCAGAGAUGCUCGAGGAAGAGCGACUGCGGCAAGACAUCCUGGACGCGCGGAGACACGCGAGGGGGGAAGACUUGAUGGGGUUCAGCCGGUCAAUUAGGGUCAUGGUAGGGACGAAGGUACGGCUAGACAGUGAGUCAUAGGGGGCAUGCCGGACUUGUGAUUGGUGGUUUGACAGGAUUCCAUGAUACCACUUAUGUCUUUGGAGAGGACAGCUUCAGGGACGAUUUGUAGCCUACUGUGUAGUUGUUACGACUAUGAAGAGUGUAUUCGCACG